UAGUAUGUUUAUAAAGGAGGAGUGCACCACAAGUAAUGAUGGACGUCAAAGCGCUGUGUUUAUUGCUUCUUCUAUCAACCAAUGGAUGUUUUACAGCAAAGAUCGUCAUGAUGCCACAGUUUGGUCGAAGUCAUUUCAUCGUUAUGGAAAAGCUUGGACAUGAGCUCAAAGAUCGCGGACAUGAGGUUUCUAUUCUCGUUGGUGAAGAAGCCAGUUACGCCAUUGGAAAAUCAAACGUAAAGACGUUUGAAAUUCCUGAAGAAGAAAUAAAAAAACGAGCACAACAUGUGAAAGCCUUAUCAGGAGGGAUAACAAAUAUGAGAAAAACAAUAUCUCUUCUUUUUAAAAAGCAACAAACCUACUGUGAUCUGUUUUUGAGCAAUGACGCCAUGAUGAAGGAAGUAAAGACAGCAGAUGUCUUGAUCGGAGAUUCUUUGUACCCUUGUUCUUCUCUUGUGGCAGAUAUGUUUGGUAUCCCACACGUUGUGAUAUCAAUGAGUGGUAUARGUACACCAACGAUAGUGCUGUUCGGUCAUUCUUCUAACCCAGCUUACGUACCUCAGAUCAAUUCUUUCCGGCCAAAAAACAUGGGACUUGUGGACAGGAUUAUAAAUGUUGGAUCUUAUCUCGUAAAUCGUUUUUACAUCGUCGAAGGCUGUUUUUAUCCAACUUAUGGAGAACUAAAGGCAAAAUACAAGAUCAAACCAGAAAAAAGUAUCCGAGAAACCAUGGCAACCGUAGAUAUGAUUUUAUUGACGGUGAGCCUGGUAACUGACUACGCACAGCCAUUGCCACCAUAUAUUCGCGAAGUUGGCAACUUCAUGCCCAGCCCACCAAAGCYACUUCCAAACGAGCUAGAGGAGUUUUUCGAGAGAUCUGGUGACAAUGGUGUUAUAUAUGUAUCUUUUGGUUCAAUAUUAGAUACGAUAAGUAACGAUGCGAUUGAAAUCAUGAAUGAAGCUUUCUCUAAAUUGCCUCAGAAAGUCUUGUGGAAGCUAAAUCUGGAUAACUUCAAAGGUAAAUUUGCAUCGAAUAUUAAAGUUAUGAAGUGGGUACCACAGAAUGAUGUGCUGGGACAUAACAAGACAAGGUUGUUCUUUACUCAUGCUGGUGCUAACAGCAUGGCUGAAGCAUCUUACCAUGGCAUACCAAUGCUCUGUAUGCCUUUCUAUGGGGAUCAACACGACAAUGCACAGAUUCUUAAAGACUCAGGCAUGGCUGAGGUUGUCUCCUUGAAUUCCAUCUCCACAGAACGACUGACAAAACUUUUAAAACAAAUUAUCCAAGAGAAAAGGUACAAAGAACGAAUGCUGUUCGUGUCACGUGUUUUGAAGUCGAGCCCACGAUCUCCAGUACAACAGGCAGCAGAACUCGUUGAAUAUGUGCACGCUGUGGGYGACUUGAAGCACCUCAAACCCAGGAGCCUGGAUCUACCCUUCUAUCAGAUAUACAUGUUGGAUGUGAUGCUGGUGCUUGGUCUAGUGUUGACUGUAGUAUUGAGUGUUUUCCUCAUGUUUGUCAAGCUACUGAUGAACAUCUGCUGCAGGCCUUCCAAAAAACCUAAAACGUCAUAAUAUCUGUCCCGUGGGAGGGAGGGAGGGAGUAAAGAUAGUAACACUCUACCCUGCACUUCUUGUUUCCUUCAUCACCUUACGUUAACCUUUGUCUAGUAAUGUUUUUACAGGCAUUCCUAGAGCACCCCUUUUGAUAAUAAACUAGAAUUAUCCUGAUUAUGAAAAUCUAAUACAAACGUUGUGACGUCUGGGUCUUUAA